AUGGCCUUAAUACGUACCUACUACACGGAUUACACUGAAGAACAACUUGAGAAAGUAAAAGAGGGAGAUUUUUCUGUUUGGCUUGCAUUUUAUGUUUGCUACAUUCGCUACCCACAAGUCACAAAUCGGAUAGAUCAUUGGUUGACCGUAACACCUAUAAAUCCAAGAGGAACACUAUAUGGAGUUGCCGAUCAUGAGCCUUUGCAACCUAGCGGAAGUGGUUUAAUGGCUCCGGUUGAGCAUUCUCUUGAAGUCGACCUUGUCAUCGACAGGGAUUACGGAAAUUAUAUGACGAGUCAAUUGGNCCGCUCGACCCAAGAACCAGCGGAUAGAGCUAGUGGAUCGCAAUCCGCUACUCAGAGCAAUACUCCUUUUCCACCGAUGGAGAUGAGUAUCCAUGAUUUCGUGUCGCAGCCGGGACGAGACCGACUAACAGUUCUGGACCCUGAGCGACGAUGCUAUCUGCGAAUGAUGCAAGGACUCUUGAAAGAACCCUAUCCACAAUUCAAUCUCAUACCAAAAACAGAGAAAGAUAUUUGGUUUAGACAAUUUGCUCAAGAAUUUACCUGGGAUAGGAAUAUAACGCAUGAGGUUCGUAUGGCGUUUGACAAGGACAUUCCGAGAUAUUAUAGUAUGCAAAUGACCGAGUGGAAGCAAAAGUGGCAAGAGGGAAAAAAACCAAGAAAUGUGAACGAAGAUGUGUUUAAAGGGUUGCAGCUUCAUUGGGCGAAACCGGAAACAAGUGCAAUAUCAACGACAAAUUCUAAGAAUNGGUUAAGCGAUAGAGGUGGAAAAGGAAUUGCUAAACAUAAUUCAGGAUCAGUGAGCUUCAAGACCCGUGAACAAAAAUAUGAAGCACCCACAAGAAAGGGUCGCAUCUAUGGAUUAGGAAAGCUAACGGGAAGUCAGCGAUCAUCUUCUUCAUCUGCUCGAUCUUGUGGCAUCGACCACGCCGCCCUCGAGGAAUCUCUAAAAGAAAGAGAUGAGGGGAUUGCAGCUUUGGAGAAGCAAAUGGAAGACGAACGAGAGGCGACCAGACGCAGUUUUGAAACUUUCAGACAGGAGAUGCUUGGUUUACGGAUGAACCUACCUCCACACCCGUACUCGCCUUCAAACUCAAGCCCGUAG